AUGCCUAGUGUCCCGCCGUUCACAAUAUCAGAAGCAGCGCACACCUACGCAGCUGGGCCCGUGGACACAUUUGUGCUACGACCCAACAGCCAUCCACCAUCUAUUCUCGAUACCGUAUUCGUCAGCAAGCGCUCCAGACGGGCGGUAUACGCCACCACCACCGACGCCGCCCACGAGACAUGUCUCUGGAAGGUCAGACGAGAUGGGCAGCUCGCACCGGUCGCAAAGAUUGGUUGGGAGUAUUCAGUCCAGACUAGUAAUGUCGUCGGUGAUGGCUCACUGAGAAAUGUCAGCGGCCAGACGAAGAAAGCAAUCAUGGUCAGUCAUGGUGGACGAGUAAUGCGCGCGGGCGAAUUUCUGCGCAAGGGAAAAGGGUGGUUCAACUCCGACUCAAAAGUCUUUAGUGUCGACGAGGCAGAGUACAAGUGGAAGUCGGGAAAUGAGAAUGCAAGUACGAGCGAUGGAAUCUAUGCGCGCUCUCAGUCGACCUCCUACCACGAAAUGUGGAAGAUUUGGCGAUGCGUUGCAGCGAGCCCUGCCACCUCCACUCAGCCACCCCAGAUCACGACAACCGACCCCACAUCGUUACGAGCACUUUCUGGAGGAUUUGCCAGAGAAGCGUCACGUAACGUGGGGACUGUUCCCUCAUUCGCGGCUUCGACCGUUCCCCCUUCGACCGGGUUUCACCCUCAACUUCUGGACGAUCUGUCAUCUCGACCUCCUCUGCCACCCUUGGAUGUCGAAUCUGUUCCGCUGGCCGAUGAGAGCUCACAUAGGCAAUCAUUCGGAGCCGCACAUGACACCCUCUCACCAUCCACCUCGAAACUCGGACUUCUUCACCACGAACUGGCACUCUUCCCACCCGUCUACGCCUCUAUCCCUGCUCCAUCGUCGGGUGCAUGUGCAUCUGGAGUAGACAUUGUCAGCAAAGAGGUUUUACUAGAAAACCUGCUGCUCAGCGCGAUAUUGCUCGUCACCAACAAGGGCGAAUGGAAGCAGGUCAAGAGUCUCGCCGACCCUGACGCCCUGCAAGCUGUAUUCGUGGCCGAAGCACGAGGCGAAGUACCACCGUAUACCUCGAGAGUAGGAAGAGUAGGGCCACCUCUUGCGGGGUUUGGAUCGAAUGUAUCGCCGAGAACUAGGUCAAGGGCUCAUUCGCAACCAUUGGAAAGACCAAGGACGACGGAGAGACGAGGUGAAGGCGGCGGGCCCGAGCCUUCGAGCCAAUCGCUCUUCUCCACCAUACGCUGGAGGGCUCAUCGGCCUUCACGGUCUGCGAGUGGUCGGGACCAUGAAGAGAAUCGGCGGGUUGAAGCGAGACCUUCGACGACGGAGUCGCCUACUUUGCAUGCGGCUGGAGACGGUAUCUUUGUACGACGACCUGGUCGAGCCGUUGUACUUGGACCGAAUUCGAAUCUCAACGAAAGCGGACAACGGCACGAGCAGGUCGAUUGGAAGGUAGACGACCGGCGUCUCUCUUAA